AGACCUGGAGCUAUCGUCCACUGAAUGACACUACAGAUGCUGCUGCUCGGGUAAUUGAGGCACUUGCAAGACGUGGAUGGACAAUAGAACGAUGAAGUUAUUCUUCUUAGCAAUAGACAUGAGUCAAGCUUACCAACUAAAAUGAUGAAGAACGAGUCAACUGCGAUCGAUGUGCCAGAAUCCAGCUCUGUUGCGAAAGGUAAAGCGCCUUUCAUGGCGAAUCUCAGAGAUGAAAAAGGCGGAUACAAGAAAGGGAUUGCAAUGUUUGAUUUUUUUCUGAGGCUAGGUGCUAUAGCUGCUGCUCUUGGUGCUGCUUCUACCAUGGGAAUUAGUGAUGAAACCCUUCCUUUCUUCACUCAGUUCUUCCAGUUCAAUGCUAGUUAUGAUAGUUUUCCUACAUUUCAGUUUUUCGUGAUUGCAAUGGCAAUGGUUGCUGGAUACCUAGUUCUAUCACUGCCCUUUUCUAUAGUAUCCAUCGUUCGUCCUCAUGCAGCGGGACCAAGGAUCCUACUCUUCAUUUUCGACACUGUGGCACUUACUCUAAGCACUGCCGCUGGUGCGGCGGCUGCAGACGUAGUCUACUUGGCUCACAAUGGAAACCAAACCACCAACUGGCUGGCUAUCUGUCUACAAUUUGGUGACUUCUGCAGGCAAGUCAGUGGCUCAGUGGUCGCAUCAUUUGCUUCGGUUGUUCUUCUGAUGGUGUUGGUCGUCAUGUCUGGUCUGAGUCUACGAAGACUUUAAGAUUGUUCCGGCUACGGUGUCUUAAAAAGAGUUUGGCUCUGUUCUCUGAGUAUCGGUCUUUGUUAAUUUGGUUUACAAUUUUUAUGUGGUUUUUAUGUAUGUGAAAAAUGAAGGGUAGAAUUUCAUUUGUGAUUUUUUUAAAGUUUGUAGCAAUCUAGUGCUCCAGAUUGAAUUUUUAUGUAAGAUAAAAGAAAAUCUGUAUAAGCAUAUGUGUGGAAAUUAAUAUAUAUUUACUUGCAUUUUUUUAA